AAUUUUCAUGACAUCCACACCGAAGUCUGAUCCUGGAAUCUUCAAUGAUGUUAGAGGAAAAGACACAUUGCUCACCAGCUCUCCUAAAAUACAAAUCAACUCAGUUGAAAAUGAAUUCCCUUAUGACUCUAAGCGUCUCUCUAAAGUUCCCGAGAUUCAUCACUCCAUUGGCAAUAUCCGGAAACUAUCAGCACGGAGAAAGUUAAAAAAGGCUAUUCAAAGUGGUACAAAAGCACUUAGUGUCAAAACUGAUACGUUCUAUUCUACUGGUAUGACCGGUAUGAUGCCCGCUGUCAUGCCUGUGAAGCGUCGGCAGUAUAAUCGUGUAUGGCAUAACCGUCAUAGAUCAGUCUCAAGUUUAUCUUCUAAGGAGAAGAGCGCCUUUGCAUUCAAAGAAAGAACGUUCGUGGCCCUGCAGAUCCUACCAAAUGGUGGAAACGAACGGCUUGUGUUCAUACGCGUUGGUCCAUCUGGUCAACUCCUCAUCAUCCCAUACCCGAUGGAAUUGACCAAAGAGUCGAUUAAAUUUGACCCUGUCCAUUCAUAUUUCUGUGAUCAAGGAGUCGACGUUGGUAAAUUACGCACCAAAUAUCAAAGGCUGCAAACCGUCCUUAAAGGGAUAGACAAAUUAGGCACCUCCAUGUGGCAAGCAAUCGGGAUGGUCGACGACUUGAGCCGCCAGUCAUCGCUUUCCAAUAACAUACAGACUCGGUAUCAAAAUCGUUUAUAUAAUUUUCAGUUGAAGAACAAUGAACAGAAACAAGAAUUAUACAAUCGAGUCCGAUUUGAAAUGCAGUUGUCAGAGCGCGAAACAGCCUUGUCACAAAUGCCUUGUCAACCCACUCCGAUAGACUUUGAUACCCUUAUAACCGACCUCAAAGGUCAGGUGCAAGCGCAGCAGGCUGCCUUGCAGAAGAUCGAAGCAAACAUCAGUGAACACUUGAAAGACAUCUCAAAAUACUCUAAUGAUCUAAAAGAAAUCGACGGUGGUAUACCUGCCAUAGAAGAAUCCGUUGAUCGUGCUUGGCGAGUGACGGGAACCAAAACCCAGCUAGAGCAAUGCCAUCAGCAAUGCAUCUUGAUGGUUCGUCAGCUGAGAGCGGUCAACACUGCCAUGAAUCGACGUGAGGAAAAGCUUUCAAGGUAUCGAAACUGGCUAAAAACUAUGCAAGUCAGAGUAAACGUCAUGACGUUGUCAGGAAGGAAUUCUCAUAUCUGGCAGAAGAGAUGGACUUAUAUUAGCACCAUGGUGGCGAUCUUUUGUAUAUGGCUUGUGUAUUGGCUGAAUUGAUGUGAUGUUCCGGCGAUCAAGGAACUACGAAUAUAUUGUACAUAUUGACGCUACUUUUCCGAACCAAGUGCAUAUGUAAUAGAUGGUUCUGCAUUUUCUUAAGACUUUUAUGCUCAAAGUAGCGGCUGUAGAUUUAACCUUCGAGAUAACUUACAGUAAUAAACUUUAAUGUAAUCGCUUCCUUAAA